AUGACGGGGAGUGAAGAAGAACGCAUGGAGGUGGACGAAGAUGAGCACCAAACCGACAACGACGGGGUAGUAAAGAAAUCAAAGAAGAAGAAAAAGAAGAAGGAUAAGAAGCAUCGCCAUAAAGACAAGGACCGGAAGAAUAAGGAUGAAGUGCCAAAUUCUUCGACGGCGUCGCGAGAUGCGAAGCUACUGAAUGCGGUUGCUUCAAAGCUUUUGUCGAUGUUUGAGUUGAAAGACGAGCGCAAAUUUUUUGCUUGGCCGGUGACUGACCAAAUCGCGCCUGGCUAUUCAGCCAUCAUUGCAAGACCAAUGGAUUUUGCAACUAUGCGCGGCAAAAUUCGGUCGGGAAAGUAUACUUCUUUAAAAAAUUUCAAGGAGGAUUUCGAACUGGUCUGUACAAAUGCGCAAACCUAUAAUCAGCCUUCAACUGUGUAUUACAAAGCUGCCAAGAGACUUCAGCAUUACGGGAAGAAGGCUAUGCAUUCAUCGCGGAUUCUUGACUUGAAAUCCGAAUGUCCCGAGUUUGAGGAUCUUACGUAUGACGACUUGGCGCGCGAUUUUCAACCGUCUGUGGAACCGGCAGCUGCUGCCGACAACAAGGAGAAAUCUAACGACGAAGACACAGAUCCUGAGAAGAUUUUGGAAACUGCUACAAGUGCGUUGAAAGGUGUCCAUGCAAAAUUGGCCAUGAGGAAAGCUGACUCGUCGCUCGGAUUCUUGCGGCAGCGUCCUGAUGGCACGACAACGCUCAACAUAAUUGUUCCUCCUAUGAAAACGGUGGACACGAAAGAAAAGAUCGUCACUCUGGGCACGUCUGUCGGCAAGCUCACACACGGCACGGGAUCCAUCCAAGGUUUCAAAGAAGACCGACGUAAUGUCGCCAAAAUCGGGAAACCCAUGUCCUACGGACCCUACAAUACCCACGCGCCGCUUUACGACACGACAUUUGCAUCAGUGAAUGCCGAAGAAGCCAAUUUGCUUUUGUCUGCGUGCGGAUCCGAGCUCGGUGUGAGCUAUGCUGAAAGCUUGCGCAGGUUUUGCGCUGAUUCGGAGUAUUGCUUGAAUUUGGCCAACGACGUGAUUGAUGCUAUCACUGGAGGAGCUUACUCGGAUGCGAGGGUGGUCAUCGGGAUUCGGGAAGAUGGGUUGACGAAGGUGGACCAGAAAAUUCGAUCGAGUGUUUCCCCUCAGGGGUCUGCCGAGACACCGCAAAUUGGUUCGAAGAUGGAUUUUGAAUCGUUGAAAAGCUUGGAAAAUGACGGCAUUGACGUUUCUUUUUUGGACGAAAUGGAAAAAGAAGACAAUUUGCGAGCGGAUAUGUCCAAAAAGUUGAUGUCUGCUGGAAAGUUGUUGGAAGAUCUGAAAGAAUCGCAGGAUAAACGAUUGUCCUUGCCACCGCCGCAACACUUGCUAAAUUGUCCUCCCCCAUCCCAGGACGAAAUCUUGUUGGCUCGUAACGUUGUGACGUCAUUGACGGACAUUUCGAAACAAGUUCCACCGGCUUGUGUUGCUCCUGUGACUGGUCUCAGAAAAGCGAUGGGGAUUGUUCCUUCCGCUCAUUAAAUCACAGUUGUAGAUUUUUAAUUUUAUUUGAUGUAAUGUUGUUCGUUGGUCUUCGGUUGCCCGCUCGUUCACCUGCCGAGGACAUUUCGGUGCAGUGAAUGUUUCGAAUCGGUACUCUUCUGGAGGUACAUUGACUGCUGGCUAUUUUCCGCGCAUCUCGUGCGUUUUUUUUUCUUUUUUUGUCGAACGGAGUGCUUGUGUAUUUUCUAUUUGAAUGCAUCGCAUUUUUUCUGUUUUUAUUCAAUCCGGU